AUGUCCGUGUUCAUGGAAGUGUUCAAUCACCUUGUUUUACCACCACAGCUUCCCGACAAACAGGACACCAACAUCGAAAGCAUUGGUGAUGCUAUCAUCGUCCGACUCAUUCAAGCUACAUCUACCCUGAGCCGACUUACUAGCCAAGAGCAGUCAUCUCCCUGGUAUGCGAUCCGUCAGUACCUUCGUCGCUGCCAACAUCUCCACGUAAAUGGUCGGCUCGAGAAGCAGACAAUGAUCUCCAAAUUUCUCAACUUCGAUCAGGAGCAACCACUUCUGCUACAUAUCGCAGAACAAAACGCGGCGCUUAUCGUUCGGUACAAUUGCGGUGCCCAAAUUAAAGCUGUUGUCUUUGAAGCUUUCGAACUAUCGCCCCCAUCCGCCGAAGUUCUGGCUAGUGAAGGUGCCCUUACCUGCGAUUUUCCGGAUUGCUCAGCUCAGAUACCCUUCCAUGAGUUUCGGAAACCGUCGUUUCAACAAGCACUUGCCGACUUCCUGGAAAAAGGCAGUAUAGAACCCCUGAGAUGCUUUCAGGUACUUGCGACAAAAGCGCAAACCCCGAUAGUCGAAUCGCGUGAUACGGGAAGUCCAGGCCUUGUAACGCACCUUCUCAUACCUUUGCUCGAGUCAAUUGGGUCCUCGAUAGACGAAAAUGCUCCUCGCUUAAGGAAACGGGUUCGUGAUGACGUGAACAUCGAAGCUACGGAAUUUCCGUGGCGCAGAUUGCCUCUCUGGAUGGCAUUACGCGUGGGGAUCCAGAGACAACUACAAAUCUCGCUGGGAAACGAGGGCGGGAGAGCUUGCUACAAGUUCUUGAUCGUCACUCUACUUGUUGGGCUUCUAAUUGAAUGUCCUGGAAGAUUGGCGCCUGAGCUGACGAUGAUCCUGCGGGCCAAAAUUUGUCGUCGUCUUGCAAAACUUGAGCAGGAAAAGGAUCAGUCAUUGGAAGUUUACAGCCAACUAUUCAACGCUACUACAUCCUUCUUCAAGAAGAGCAUCACCCAAGUGACACAGUUGGUCGAUUUAGCGUGGGAGAAGUUCAAGCGAGAGACAACACGACCUAUUCCUCGGCUACCCACACGUGUUGAUCCGCAAGCACAAUCUCUGUCUCUUCCCAACAGUGGAUCAUACCUUCAGAGUGUUAUGGAGUCACCUCGCUCACGGAAGAGAACAUCCCUAUCUUUGCAGCUUCCAUUGCUAAAUGGUACCGCGAUUGAACAAGUUGAGCAGUUUACAGAUGUGUAUCAUCGAUUGACUGAAUUGGAGAGCAAAGUCGAGAGUGGAGAAGAACCUCAAUCAACUGAAGACCUUACCCUCGAGUUGUUUUGCGAAAAGCUAGCAGACGCGAUACUUGGUCUCAUUGGCAGUGUUGGGGCAGCGUACGACUCCGAUCCUGAGCAAACUUCCAUCUUCAUUCUAAGUCUUUUUAGACUUUGGGUGAGGCUGGAUAAGUAUAUCAUAAAGAUUUUUCCUAUGAUUCUGGAGUACCAUCCAGUGUUUACCCCUGAACUUUUAGAUGUCUUGCAUCUACCGACAUCCGCCGGAAUGCGGCGACUUCGUGACAUCCAGAGUCAUAUUCACCGUAGAUGCGAGGGGUGUAAGUAUCGAAAAACUAUAUUUUCUGAGACCAAAAAGAGCUGCUUUGUGUCGAAAUAUGUUUCCACUUCUGAAUCCAUGCAAAAACUCCACCAAAAGAUAAAACAAGCAUCGGAGGUAUCACGCCAGGCGAAGACAUCCGAGCUGGAAAAGUGGUGGUCUGAUUUUGACAAACAUUCUGUGGGCAUCUCUGGAGGUACAUGUACCUGCACAUUCAAGCGCGAUGGGACGAAAGAUAUACGGGGAUGUACCAAAUGCUGGCAUUGGCGAGCUCGGAACCGCAUGAACAUCUAUGCGCACGAAGAUUUCCUUCCUAGCGAUACCAUUAAAUCAGCAGCAGUCAUCUUCGAGUUGGGUAUUCCAAGGUCUUUCGCUGCGUAUCGCAAUGCAACGUGGAAGAUUCUCAUGCUGGCAUACCCUCGCAAACCGCAAUCUGGAUCGCCCACAAUGCUCUUGAGAGACUACGACCCGCUCACAGCAUACGCAUCGGAAAAAUCCACUGGAAUUACUAUUGCAUCGAAAUCUAAAUCAUUCCGUGGCACGCAUUACAAAGUUGGUAAGAGAAAAAUGAGGGUAUCCGAAUCCGAUGUUCUUUACCCUAAUGGAUUAGAUUUUUCAUACUUCGAUAUGGAUUCUAAGACCUGGGUCAAGGAGUUCGACAAACCGUUCACCUUCCAACAUGUAUGUGGAGUACAUGUGCCCCUUUGGCUUCGCGCCUCCGCGAUACCAAGCUCCUUGCACCCUCCUACUGUAACAACUGGGCCAUCUUCAUAUGAAGUAGUCGUGUCGGAAACGCAAUGUCCAUCUAACGUGUCGGUACAUGAAUUCACGGCUUAUCAACGACUACUUUCAGGAAAGAGUUGUCGAUGGUUAAUAAUGUUGGUUGAGCUGGGCGCAUCAAAUGUGAACUUCAGCAACGAGAGUACAAUGCACAUGUUCAAUCAUCUUGCGACUCAAGCAGGACCAGCAACGCCUGACUAUGAUACGUUCGGCGAUAUCCAUGCGGUGUUCAGGGACAUGUCAUUUUGCGAUUCCCUAGCCGCACAAGUAGAAAAACGUCUCAGCGACAUCACAUCGAACUGGCGUGAGAUUCAUUGUAUGGACGUCAUGAUCACGUUAAGCCUGCGCCUUUAUGACUUGGCAGCUCCCAUGAUACGAGCAAAGGAGCUCUUAGUUCAGGCACGUCACAUUACCUUGGCUUGGAUUACACGUCUCCGGGCCGAUGUUAGGAAUGCAAAAGAGACAUUCAUCGCGGAAACAGCCGCUAAAUACGCUUUUUCGGCUGCAUUGCUCUGUCGUAGGACAUUCUCCAACCUUACAGAACCAGACACUGUGAUGUCAGAGGAUGAUUU